AUGACACCAAUUGCUAGUAUGUCAAGAGCUUUUUUCAGUUUUAUGUUCACCUUGACUUUAUUACUUUUCUUCAAAGCAACAACUGUUUUAGCACAGAGUGGAUCUCUUCCUGAGGAGGAAAAGAAUGCUCUUCAUGAAAUAGCUGAUCAGUUGGGAAAAAAGGAUUGGGACUUCAACCUGAAUCCUUGCGAUGGGAACUCAAACUGGUCAACACCAAAAAGAUAUGAUAUGCCAUGUGAUCUUAAUCGCAACUUCCUCAGUGGUACAAUACCCAAGGAAUGGGAAUCUACCAAUUUGGAAUACAUGUCUCUUAUUGUGAACCGCUUAUCUAAACCUAUACCGAAAUACUUGGGAAACAUUACUACCCUUGUAUAUUUGAACCUGGAGAGCAACUCGUUUAAUGGGACCAUUCCAACAGAGUUAGAGAAGCUGGUCAAUUUAGAAAAUCUCAUUCUAAGUGAUAAUAAUCUCACUGGUGAGUUGCCGAUUGAAUUAAAUAAUCUAAAAAAGUUGACAGAACUGUAA